AGGACGCUGGGAGAACUGCCCCCUCAGACAAGAGCUGCUGGCUGACAGGGAAGCGUCUGCUCAGCAGUCCAGGAUCUCCAUCUGCCUCAGUGGGAAGAAAACGAGAGACACAGCGUGAGAGGUUCCUCCCUGCACUCACACCAUGCGCUCUCUUAUUGUCCUUACGCUCCUGGCUUUCCUGAUGAUGGUUGCUACUUGCUAUGAGUCCCAUGAGAGCAUGGAAUCCCAUGAGUAUCUCAAUCCCUUCCUCAACAGGAGGAGGGCCAAUGACUUCAUACAACCUGACACGAGACUAGAAGGCAUGUCUCAGGAGAGGAUCAGGGAACGUAUGAAGGCCCCCCAGGAACGUCAGAGAGAGAUGUGUGAAGACUAUUACCCCUGUGAACUCUACGCUUACCGCCAUGGCUAUGCUGCUGCUUACAGGCACUAUUUUGGGAGGAGGAGGACUAAGUAAAAGAAGCUCAGUCUUCACCCUGGGGCCUGGAGCCUAAGGGAUCCUCCCAGAAAAAGCAAUGGCUCUGAGAUAUAUUCAGUUGCUUGUUUCCCUGUAUGUUAACCUGCAUGCAGCUUCACUCUCAUGUAGCCACAGAUUCCUGCCUUCUGUGUUAAUUAGCGCUGAGCUGACAUAGCAGAGAUCAGAGAGAGUUCAGGAUGUGGGUGUCUUGCUACACAAUAAAUUGC